AUGCGGUCGGACAACGGAGGUAAUUUCGUAAAAGGCGAAAAAGAACUUCGGCAAGAAAUCGAAAAAUGGAACCAAAAUCAAAUCCAUGACUUCCUCGUGCAACGUAGCAUUAAAUGGACAUUUAUUCCACCUGCAGGCUCACACCACGGCGGGGUGUGGGAGCGAUGUAUAAGAACAGUUGGAAAGGUAAUGAGAGCUAUUACCAAGGAACAGUUACUCGAUGACGAAGGCCUCAACACAUUGAUGUGCGAGGUCGAAGCUAUUGUCAAUGGACGGCCGUUGACAAAGUUGUCAGAUGACCCCAACGAUCUGCGACCCCUAACCCCCAAACCCCAACCAUCUCCUAUUGCUCCGAAGCGGAAGAAAUUUACCACCUGGAAAUUUCUCAAAGAACGACUGCUGCAGCACGAGGCGAUGGCGACAAGUACAGUAUCUGGCCAAUGUAUUUUGGAGGCGAUGGAUUAG